UACUUCCGGUUCUGCUAAAAUAGCUUAUUUUUCUGAUAUUUCGUUGGCGCUCAUUAAAAUUCCAAAAGUUCUAAAAUGAGUAAAGCUCAUCCACCAGAGUUGAAAAAGUAUAUGGAAAAGGUUUUAACAUUGAAGCUGAAUGGUAACAGAAAAGUAACAGGUACUCUCAGAGGCUUUGACCCUUUUAUGAAUCUUGUUGUUGAUGAUGCUAUUGAAGAAACAAAAUCAGGAGAAAAGAGAAACAUUGGCAUGGUGGUCAUUCGUGGUAACAGUGUUGUACUGUUAGAGUCUCAAGAAAGAAUCUGAUCAGUCUAUCUAUUUCACCACUGACUUCAUUUGUAUAAAGGUUCAUUAUCAUCUCAACAUGUGUGGUUCAAAUGUUUCAUCCUUCAUGCUGUAUUGUGUAUAUAUCUAACAUAAAACAGCCUCAUCUGUUUGAUCAUGUAUGAGAGCUUUCUUUUGUAAAUUUUUGUUGUCAUCA